AUUCGCAGAUGCAGUCGCUCGAAUAUUCGAACAUCAUUGUGUACUAAAAUUUUAUGGCAAGUGGAAUGUGUCAAACAACCAAUUCGAAAUUCAUGUUCGAAUAAUAGGCGUUUUUAGCAAUGUGCUGAACGAGAGGGGGGGGUUGUUAAGUGUUAAAUUCAAAAAUUCAAAGCAAUCCACUUCGGGAGGUGACAUCACCGAGAAACGAAAUAAUAAGCCAACAUUAUUUUUAGAUUUGCUUGAUUUUUUAUAUAUUGAGCAUUUGCACGUCGGUUUAUGGCUCAACUUCAAUUUUAUUAUCGUCAACAAUUUUAUUUCAUCGGAUUUUACCGUCAUGAAAAUAAUGCACAUUCAUACCAAUGAAGUGUCUGACGAUGGGAUAUUUCAACGUGAAAAAAAAUGAUUGGACAAAAUAAUUUGAUAUGCAAAACCAAUAUGAUUUUAUGAAAAUUACCAAGGAAAAAAAUACAAAUCAUUCGAUUUCCAACAAUUUAUUAUUUUGAUUUUGAUUGAUGUAUCCCAUGUAUAUGCGCUAACCAAUAUCAGCAACUCCACUUUGAAACUUGUAGCCAAAAUGUGUACUCCCUGCUUAUAGUGUACUCACUUCAGUGUGCGAGUGCCAUGCACACGGUCGAACUGUCAAAGUAUUGUUUUCUAUUUAUGUUGAUCAGUCCGUCGUGAGAUUUGCAUUAAACCGAAUGUUGUGUGUCUCAGCAAAUCUCUCCGUGUAUUGAAUUCAAUGAAGAAAAAUUAUUGUUGUCACACGAAAUAUAAAAAUUAAAUAGAAAAUUCAAUUAAAUUGUCAAGAAUAUUGAUUGUCAUCCGGAGAAAAAGGUCUAUCGGCAAGAAUCGAAAGAAUGUUUCCAUCAAGUUCACAGCGGCGAUAUUGGACGUUUCGGAAUGAAAAAGAAACGAAGGCUCAUCGCAAAACACACAACGAUGAGUAUCAACAAAUCCACGGCGAUCGUUUAGGAUUGAAUGAAGCGCAACGCGAAGAAUUCUUUUUAUCACACGAAGAAGAGCAAAAACUGUUGCGAAGCUAUGAAUAUAAUUUGAAGGAAUUUUGCCGCCGUUUCGAGCCACCGAUGCCAAAAUGUGUGGUUGGCACCGCAUUUCAUUACUUCAAGCGAUUUUAUCUGUACAAUUCGGCGAUGGACUAUCAUCCAAAGGAAAUUUUAGCCACAUGCGUUUAUUUGGCCUGCAAAACCGAAGAGUUCAAUGUGUCAAUUGGACAGUUUGUAGGCAAUAUCAAAGGUGAUCGGAUCAAAGCGAUGGACAUCAUUUUGUCCAAUGAAUUAUUGCUGAUGCAACGACUGAACUACUACCUCACCGUACACAAUCCGUAUCGGCCGGUCGAAGGGUUUUUGAUUGACAUCAAAACAAGAUGCACAUUGUUGAAUCCGGACCGAUUGCGAACUGGUAUCGAUGAAUUCCUCGAGAAAACAUUCUUUACCGAGGCCUGCCUUCUCUUUGCACCAUCACAAAUUGCGUUGGCCGCUGUGCUGCACGCAGCCAGCAAACAAGCGGAAAAUCUCGAUAGCUACGUCACUGAAUCGUUGUUUUAUAACAGUCGUGAAAAAUUGCCGGUAUUGAUCGAAGCGGUACGCAAAAUACGAUUGAUGGUCAAGAACUUUGCCAUACCCGAAAAAGAGGAAUUCAAGCGCAUCGAACGGAAACUGGAAAAAUGCCGGAAUCAAGAAAACAAUCCCGAUAGCGAAGCGUACAAAAUACGAAUGAAAAAAAUGAUGGAAGAUGAAGACGAUUUAGACCUAGAUACAAGCUCAUUCUCAAUGGGCUUCGACCGAUCAAGUUUGGCCAACGAAUCCAUGAUAAGCCUAGACGGAUAAACACAACGUUCACCGCUCACGCUUUCUUUUACUUUACCUCGAAGCCAAAGGCUUUACCCAUUCUGUUGGACUGUUCAAUUGUUUGUGGCGCACUCUAUACCAUUCCAAUAAUUUUGGCGCGCAUUUUUUUUGUUAUUACUCAAUGAAACUAGAAUUAAAACUAUUUGUAAUUAAAACAUGAAUGAAAUGA